CACAUAUUGACAAUAAUUUCAUUGCUCCCGUGAAAUAAUAAAGGUGUAAAACAUAAUUAAACAUAACAUAAAAUAAUUUUUUUUUUUUUUUUUUUUUUUUGAGGGAGCAAGGAAAACAAAUGUAUAUUUGACUCGAUAUUUAGGCAAGUGAGGAAGCAAAUUCUAUUUUUAAAAGAGGGUUUAUCAUCAUGAUCAACCAACUGUGCUUGAAAAACCGGAAACUGUGUUUUCUCGUGGCCGGCGUUUUGGUUUUAAUUUCCGUUUCGAUCGUAACCGUCACUCUUAUGAGGAUAUCAAGUUCGAAUGAAGACAAAGAGGAAUCAAGUUUACGGUUCGUAAGCGUGGUACUUCGUCACGGUAAUCGAGCUCCACUAUUUACGUAUCCAAGCGAUCCGUACGCAAACAGGACGAUAUAUUGGCCAGAAGGAGAGGGCGAGCUACUAAAUAUAGGUAGACGUGGAUUACUAAAACUAGGUCGAUUCUUACGAGAACGGUAUGGUGGUUUUCUCCCUUCAACGUUCAGCGCCUCUCAAGUUCGAACUCUGUCUAUUGAGUUUAAUCGGUGCGUGGAAAGCGCCGAGUGUCUUUUGACCGGGCUGUAUCCUCCGAAUGGCGAUAAUGCACCGCAUAAUUUGUCCUGCCGCUCCUUCCCAAUCAGUGUUGUUCCUCGUGAGGAAGAUGACAUGCUCCUGAUAUUUGGAAGACCGUGCGAAAAAUUCGUCGAAGAAUUUAAAAACGCCCUCGACAGUUACGUGUUCAAGCAAGUUGAAAAGAAAUUGGACGUAUUGGACUACGUCUCUGACAACAUCGGACAGAAACUAAACGUAUCUUUGGACGGGUUUUACAUGAUGGGAGCGCUAUACGAUACACUUUUCGCACAGAGCAAAGCUGGUUUUGAACUGCCGGAAUGGACAAAAAAAGUGUUCCCCGAAGAACUUGCUUUUUUCAUCAACGUACUUUUCUCAUCUAUGACGCAAACACCGACCCAGAGAAGGUUGAAUAAUGGCAUCCUGAUCAAUGAGAUUCUGUCGACUAUGGAGAUGCGAAGAUCUCGGGGAGGAGAUUUUAACCGGCUGCUCGAUUUAUUCUCUGCCACAGAUUUAACGAUCCAUAGUCUCUGGCGCAGUAUGGGCGUUCGAAAAACCGUGCCCCUGCCCGGGUAUGGUGCCACGAUGAUAUUUGAGCUACACGAGAUAGCUGGAAAUUACUUCGUCAAGACUUUGUACAAGAAUGCAGCGGAGGAUGAUGAAUUGCGCAUCAUCAACUUUAGUGGAUGUGAAAAUGACGAACAGCAUAAUCAAAACAAUAUGUGUGGACUGGAUACUCUCAGAAAACUUAUGGAGAAUGCAACCAUCACUGACCUCGACAAAGAAUGCCAAAUGUCAGAGCUUAGUGUUCACGGAACGAAAGAAGAGUUUCUGUGGCGGACCUUUGGCUAUUAAUAAAAAUCUAAAAUCA